AUAUAUUGAAUAAAGAAGUAUUUGGAAUGGAUAUUAACAUAAAUUAUGUACAACAAAGAGAAUCAUUAUCUUUAAAUCAGAAAUUUUGCCUUCAGGAAGGCUUGGAAAGAAUUCUUUCUUCUCACUUUUCGCAAUAUCAUACGCCAGCACAAGAGACCGAUUAUCAAAACAAUUUAAACAAUGGAUUAUCCCUUCAAGAUAUAAAUGGAGCUGGAGAUCAUCAUCAACAAGUUCUUCAACAUCACAGGGAAACGGAUCCAUGCUAUAAUGCAAAUACAAAUUCAUUCGAAAAUAAUAUGAAUAAUGUGGUAACAAGACAAGUCAUUUCAACAAUGGAUACUAACCAAGAUUAUAUUAAUAACGUCGACGAUUUGUCAUGCAAUAAUCAUAUUAAUAUUAUUCACCAAGGUGUAAAUUAUAAUCAUAUUGUUAAUCCAUCGCAGCAGGUUGACUUAACUGAUUUUUCACACCACAACAUUCCUGAGAAAGAAAUGAGACAUCCUCUUCAUGGAAAUGGGGACAAUAUAACGCACGUUUCAACAAUGGAUAUUAAUCAAGACUAUAAUAACGGUACCUUACCAAACGAUAAUUAUAUAUCUCAUCAAGGCGUAAUUAGGAUUGAAAGUUAUCAUAGUUUCACUCCUCGAGUUAAUUGCCAAGAUUUUUUCGAUAAUAAUUUUAAAAAGUAAAUUUUUUUUUUCAUUUCAUUUAUUUCAUUUACAUAGAACAAAUGUUAAAAUUAAUAGAUAUUAAUAAUUAAGAUAAUUAUGUUAAAAUUAUAUACUAUU